GGGUAAUAUUCCACGGACGAUCAUAUUGACAUGGCACAGGCGCUGCGUCAGCUCAUGUGGGGCCCUGCCGCGGCGGUAUUCGAGAGCGAAGUAGAGGCUCGAUGGAAGCUAGAAGGCAAUCACUUCAACUUCUCCCCGAUCGAGGCAGCCCCAUCCUGGGCACUGCAACAACAGCAUGGUGGGCCUUGCGGUGUGUUUGCGCCGGUGCAGGCACUGCUUCUUGCUCGCUUGGGUGGCAACAUCGACGCCAAAUUGACCAUUCCCGACCGCGAUUUGCUUCUCGCAAAUGUGCUCGCCGACGUGCUCGUACAAGCAACAGAGUCUCCCAGCGACAAGAUCUGGCUUAUCGACGCGACUCAAGUUUCUCCAUCCAGCGAUUCCUUCUCGCCAUUCGACGUUCCCCGCGCAGACCUUCCCUCUCGCGUGUUGUCGUUCCUCGUCCACCCCAAGCGAGGGGUGCUGAGCUUCGUAUACAGUCUCAUGUUGACGCGGGGCGUGUCUCGCCUUCAAGACGACAUGGACGACGUCGAGUCGAGUCUCACGAGCGGCCAGUUCGGCCACGGGUCGCAGGAACUGCUCAACCUCAUGCUCACCGGCCGCGCAACGUCCAACGUGUUUGACGGCGUCGUGCCGAUGGGGGAUUCCGGCCUCGUACUCCGCGGCGUCCAGUCCCGAGCGCAAGUCGGGUACCUAACGCAUCUGGAAGCGUUGCGGUACUGCACCGUGGGAACUUUUCUCAAAUCUCCCAUCUUCCCCGUGUGGGUGUUGGGCAGCACGAGCCACUUCACCGUGCUGUUUGCAACCGACGCGUCGCUGUGCACAGAGUCGGCGUCGGACGCGCUGCUGGCCACGGUACAGCGCGCGUUUCAGUCGUUCGAUACGAUGGGAAAUGGGUACAUUCCCAUCGACGCCCUGGGACAAGUCCUCGCCAAGCUCCAUGUGGACCCUGCGAUCCUCGCCAAUGAGUUCCAGCUAGGUCGAUUGUAUUCCAAACUCCAAGUGCCUGGCGCCGGGAUCGUCCUCUGGGAAGACUUUUGGCGCGUCGUGUCCAUCUUACUCGACACGAACGACUUGCAGCAAGCGCUUGAUGGAAAGCGCAAGGAAGGAUCGAGUCGACCUCGAUCCGACUCGGACGUUGCCAGGGCACUCCAGGCGCAGUUCGAUGCCGACCCGACUAGUACUACUACUAGUAGUAGUACUGCGAUCCCGGACGACGUCGACACCGCCAGUGUGGAGGAUCGAUGGGCGACACUAGACGACGAACAAGAACAGGUCAAGCAAGUGGUAUUGUACCAUGUCAACGGUCUCGUGGAUGCGUCGAAAGCCAGCGCGGGGAAAUUUCCCCGUUGCGUGCAAUUCGAGGCCACCAUUCCCACCAAGAACCGCGUGGGGUAUUCCGUCCCCAUGGUGGACACCACCCACACGACCGGCGGCCACGGGUGCCCCAUCGAAGACGUGCUCCAGACCAAAUGGCCCGGGAUUUCCGUCAACUGGCAUGGGCAACGUCCCCCCACCCUCGAUUAACACCCCACCGCAGUGGGAUUCUUCCCGAUGAAAACCACACAUUGGGAUUCUUCCCCAGAGUAUAUAUAUAUAUAUAAAGUGGGUUUAUUUGGUGGA